UUUAAACUGGGGAAUUUUACGAGGGAAAAAAGAUAUAAUAUUUUUAGUAAAAAAAGAAGAAGAAGUAAUCUUUGGAUUAGUGGGGUUGCUAUUGACUUGAUUUCUGUUUUUUUUAUGGUUGGUUGUAGUGUGUAAGAAAAAGGCCAAUUUCUGUUUAGACAAAUGAAGCGAAAAAGAGGACAUAAGAAAGGAAACAAGGCAAAAGCCAAUGCAGGAAUCUUCACCUGUUAGUAGUCUUUAUGGUGAGGACUCAUCACCAAAUAUGGAUGAAUCAGUGGACCCAUAUGCAGAUACCGAGGUGGAAGGUGAAGGAGGAAAUGUGAAAAGAGAGGUGUCUGAGCAUCAAUAUGGCCAUAUGGAGGGGAGGCAUGAGGAGGAGGAAGAGGAGGAUGAGGAAGAAAAUGAGAUGAAGCCAAUGAACAAAGAUGGGCAUCAAACAAAAGAGCAAUCGCAGUUCAGAGGUAGCUUGUCAGAGGAGCCUGGUAGAAAAUCUCUGCCUGAAGCAAUGGAUAAGUCCUGUGCGGUAGCCAUAAACCAGAGAGGAUAUACUCCAUCACAAAAUGCGGAAAAAAGUAAAGCAGUUCAGCAACACAGACACAAGGAGUCUCAAGAAAGACAACAAAGAUCUAAAAUGUUGGAGAGCUUCCGCUUCGAGAAUCCCAUGCUCCUUAACCUAUGUGGAUUUCUCUUUUCUCACAAUAAGAAGUCUGUUUGGAGUGGCCCUCAUUCGUUGGCUCAGAAUCGGGGUUCUUCAUGCAGCUAUCGAGACUUUCAUGAAGUAGAUUAUGGUAGUUCUCGCCCUUCCUUUGUCAAGUUGUAUUUGACAUAG